AUGCUAUUAUACAACCCACUGGAAUACAGAAUAACAAGCAAUUAUAGACAUUGUGACAUUCAAAAUGGAUACUACAUAUUUAAUAAUACUGGCAAUGAUAUGCAUAUUAACACUUUUAUUUCUUUACAAUGUCUUGUGGGACUGGACACCACCAAAUUAUCCUCCUGGACCCAAACCUUUACCCCUUAUUGGAAAUCUAAACAUUCUGGAUAUAAAGAGACCAUAUUUAACAUUAAUGGAGCUGUCUAAACAAUAUGGAUCAGUGUUCUCCAUACAGAUGGGAAUGAAUAAAAUUGUAGUUUUGACUGGAUACGAGACAGUUAAGGAUGCUCUAGUGAACCAUGCUGAUGAGUUUGGAGAAAGAGAAGCUUUACCUUUAAUUCACAAGAUUGAUAAUGGAGCAGGUUUAGCAUUUUCUAAUGGAGAGAACUGGAAAGUUAUGCGGCGAUUUACUCUUACAACCUUAAGGAAAUUUGGAAUGGGGAAAAGCAGCAUAGAAGAGAAAAUCAUAGACGAAUGUGAUUAUUUGGUUCUCUGGUUUCAGUCAUUCAAUGGAAAGCCAGUUGACAACUAUGUGCCCAUUAUGUCAGCUAUUGCGAACCUAAUAGUGUCAGUAAUCCUAGGACACAGGAUGGAGUACGAUGACACAACCUUUUUGAAACUUAUGAGUCUGACAGUUGAAAAUAUAAGGCUUGCGGGAUCUCUGAUGAUUUCGCUAUAUAAUAUAUUUCCCAACUUUUUGAGAUUAUUUCCUGGAAGUCAUAUAACCAUUCAAAAAAACAUAAAGGAGGUAAAUGAUUUCAUAACAAAGACAUUUGUAGAAUAUCUGAAGGAAUUAGAUGUUAAUGACCAGAGGAGUUUCAUAGACGCAUUCCUUAUACGGCAAAAAGAGGAGGAAAAUAACCCUAAAACAUAUUUUCAUAAUGCAAAUUUGAUGGGUCUUAUAAGAAACAUUUUUGCUGGUGGGAUAGACACAACAGCCACGACCCUACGCUGGGGUCUUCUUCUAAUGCUUAAGCACCCAGACAUUCAAGAAAAAGUCCAAGAUGAGAUUUCACGGGUGAUAGGAUCCACAAAACCAAGAUAUGACCACCGUUUGCAAAUGCCAUAUACCAAUGCAGUUAUACAUGAAAUCCAAAGAUUUGCCAAUAUUGUGCCUAUGAAUUUGCCCCAUAAAACUACGAAAGAUGUGAACUUUAAAGGAUAUUUUAUCCCAAAAGGAAUUACUAUUGUCCCAUUACUGUACUCAGUUCUUCUUGAUAAGACUCAGUUUGCCGAACCAGAAAAGUUUAAUCCGAAUCAUUUUCUGGAUGCACAUGGGAACUUUGUAAAGAAGGACGCUUUAAUGGCAUUUUCUGCAGGUCGCAGAGUUUGCGUCGGUGAAACUCUGGCACGAAUGGAGCUCUUUAUGUUUUUUACAAGUCUUCUACAAAACUUUCACUUUUGUCUACCUCCUGGCAUUACUGAUGUUGAUCUCACCCCUACAGUUGGAAUUCUGACACCUCCUUUCCCAUAUAAGAUGUGCGCAAUACCAAGAGCUUAUCUGCAUACGCUGAAAACAUAG